CCACACCACAGUGUGAGAGGUCCUCUGGAGUCUUUCCUCGCUGCAUUGCGAUGCUUCUGUAGCGCCCUCCCUCCCCACACAACUUCAUUCACAUGCUCAUCAUGGAGGAAUAACAGGUACCCUGCCUUGCAGAGAGGAGGACAGGCAGGCAUAUUCCCAGCGACAUCUUGAAACGUGCUCAGAACACCCUCGAAUGUAUGUUAUAUUGUUGUAACAAAGAAGACAGUCGCGAUGAAGCAUUUUCUAAGGGUACUGACCCAGUUCCUAGUGUUCCUUUACUGUAAGUGUUUGUGGCGGGGCCUGAAAUUUGUCAUCAGGAAGGUGACAGGACGAUGUGAGCUUCAACGCAUCUGUUACAAUAACAAACCUGGUGCUCGAAGGACGCUCAAGAUCGAAUCAUCACUCAAAUGUUCUAAACAUGAGGUUCUGCAGUCUGCCGUCAGCGUUCACCCAGAUUCUGUGGAAAAGACGAUUGAUGAAAUAGUGUUCCUGAAAAAAAUCAAUCAAGACACUAACCCGCAGCUUGGCAUCUCUCUCCAGGCAUGCCUGCUCCAGAUUGUGGGUUAUCGAAACCUAGUUGUGGAGGUGGAGAAACUGCGUAGAGAGCCGUAUGACUGUGAAAACCCAGCACAUGAGGAGAUGCUUAUGAAGUUGUGGAAGGAACUCUGUCCUGAUUCUCCCCUCUCUGGACGCAUCUCAAAGCAAUGGUGUGAGAUUGGUUUCCAAGGAAACGACCCCAAGACUGAUUUCAGGGGCAUGGGCCUUCUGGGCUUGCACAACCUACUGUAUUUUGCAGAGCAUGAUAAAGCCACUGCUUUACAAGUCCUUCAUGACUCCUUGCAGCCCAAACAAAGCAAGAUGAGCAAAGCUGAGUGGGACAAGAAGAAAUUUGACAAAGCAAUUGGAUACUCCUUUGCCAUAGUUGGCAUAAACAUCACGGAUCUGGCAUAUUCCCUGCUGGUGAGUGGAGCGCUGAAGACUCAUCUGUACAAUGUGGCACCAGAGAUGCCAAGUUUGGUGCACUUCCAACAGACAUUCUGUUAUCUGAUGCAGGAGUUCCACAGGUUUUGGAUCGAGGAAGAUCCAUGUGACAUCAUGGAGUUUAAUCGUGUGCGCACCAAGUUCUACAAGCGCGUCCUAAAGCAGCUGAAGAAUCCUGACAUGGCACUCUGUCCUCACUUCACUGCCUCUGACCUUCACCUGGUCAACCUGUAGCUUCUCUUUCACCUCAAUUGUCGUGACCCCCGAUAUUUCACGUUUUCAUCCUUAAGGUCCAUGUCUCAACAACAUCACAUUACUGCCAACUGCUCAGUCAGUCUCAUGAAUGUCACAUUCUUACACCAUUGCCUCAAUGAAUCUCCGUCCCUCCCGUCCAACCAGAAAAUAAUUAAAGAUCACCAGCACUGCUGAAGACCAUGUUGAUUGUAUGUGCACAUGGCAAUAGUGCACCACCCUAUAACUGAGUCACCUGAUUCUGAUAUUUACAGCUACUGUAUGCUGAAGUCUUAAAGGAAUAGUUCACUCAAAAAUGAAAAUUAUCUCAUUAUGUACUCACCCUUAUGUCGCAAUGAUAUUUUUAUUUUUUUUUUUUUUUUUUUUUUUUUUUUGGCAUAAAAGCACCAUCAAAGUUUUCCAUAUGACUCAUGAGCUGUACUACAAAUCAUUUGAUAGUUUCCUGUAAGGACCAGUGCAAAAUUUGAGUCGUUAUUCACUGAAAAUCUUGGAAUGAUAUAUGGGUAAGUAUUGAUGGAAUAUUGAUAGAAUUUCCAUUUUCAGGUGAACUGUUCCUUUCAGGACAACAUAAAUCUGCAUCGGAAGUGAAAUGAAGUGAAGUGGAGAGAGAUGUUUCCUAAUAGGACAGGGCUCCCUAUCCACCAGUAGGUAGCGCUGUUGGUACAUAUUAGGUAAAACAUUAAACCUAGGCACCAGAGCUUGUAUGUACCACAUUAACUGCAGUAGACUGCAUUGAUACCAGACACACUUGGGAGUAGUUUGCCCUCUUCGUAUACAGUACCAUAAACUUUGUUGUAGAUCUCUUUUAGCGACACAACUUAUAUGACGGAAUUGUAUGUUUUUUUCUUUUCUAAAAUCCAUUAACAUUGCCAUUAUCCUCAUGAACUGAAAUGUACCCUAUCUUCAUAUGAAUAUCACAUAAUGUACUGAUUACUACAUGUUGCCAAGAAGCAGAGCUUAAAAACAAAUAUCUACUUGCCAAAUGGUAGGAUAAUGUGUGUUUUGUGAAUGUUGUCAAACAGAGCACAUGAUUGUUUUGAAAAAAAAAAAGAAAUGUAUUAGUGUCUAUGUAAAAAAAUAUGGAAUGUUUCAUUUUUCUGUUUUAGCACCAAAGCAAUAAGUGACGUUUAGAGCAGUUACUGUACUUGUUUUGCUUUCUUUUGCACAAGUGUUGCCUCUAUUGUUCAUUCUUUUAUUAACACUAAUUAGCAUAAUUUAUGUACAACUCUAAAGUUUAGCCCUGAGUGUUCAGUAAUUUAGGCUUUCUUUAGUCUCUCUUAGUUGUAUUUCUUCAACUUUUACAACUUUUUGAGUAACAUCACAAUGCAUGCUCUCCAUUUUGCGCUUCUGUUUAUUUAUUUAUUUUCGUAAACCCUUAACAUUAUGUACGGUCACAGGGUUUGCAUGAUAAUUUAGUUUUUGCCUGCAAAAAAAUAAUACAUAAAAAAAUGUGUUAUUAGAAUGUCACUUAAUUUCAAGGCAAUGUUGCAAAUCAGUGCAAUGUAUGUUACUGACAGUGUUAAGCAGCUUUCUUAUAAAAAGGCAUUGUUUUAACUGUGAUUUUUAAUCUGUAAAGUAUCAGAGUUGUGUCAUCGGUUCCCCAUUGUGGUCAUUCUAAAAAUGAGACAGAAGCACUUGCUGUACAUAAUGCCUUAGAGGUGGAAUACAUCUAAACAUUAUUAAAGCUCAUCAUUAUGCAUGGCUGAAUUCUUCAUGUAAUUGUUUGUACCCCUCUUUUUCUUUCACAAAUAUAAACAAGCUUGCACAUAAACAGCUUUCUAAUGAUCAGGCUCUUAAUCAAAUGAAAUCUUUGUUCUGGGGUACUUAAUAAAUAAAAUAAACCUCACAAUAAAAGUU